AUGGUGGUCGAGCUACACCUCCUACUGCUACUCAUGCUCACUGUUUCGCAAGCUGAGAGCUGCAAGGUGGGCAGCCUGAUCGAGCAGGGCGGAAAGUAUUGCUAUCAGCCCGUCUUGAAACCGGGCGGCAGCAUGACGUAUGCCGAGGUGACGGACAAGUGCACGCAACUUGGCGGCAAACUCGGAUCCGUACAUUCGGCUGCCCAGAAUCAAAAGAUUAUAGAAUUAGCGCGCGGGGCCCUGGCCAACCCAAACAACGGUGGCGGUUGCAAGAUGCUGCUCGGUGCAUCGAGCAAAAAAGGUGGCGAUUUCCGCUGGAUGGACGGGAGCCCGAUGGACUACACGAAUUGGGACGUCGGCGAGCCGGACGGGAAGGCAGGAGAUCCUGUUGAUUGGGGCGAUGAGUUUUGCAUUCAGAUGUACGUGAAACUCUGGAACGGCUAUGAGGGUCAGGGCGGAAAGGACUACGUCGGAAAAUGGCUGGACCUCGGAUGCCAAUUCCCGGUUUACUGCAUGGGGCUGUGCCAGAUUCCGAAUGAAGCAAAUGGA